AUGCACCUGCACAUCCUCAUCUUAGCCUGUCUCCUAUUAAAGGGGCUGGCUCGCGCGGAGGAAGUGGAGGUCAUCGAGGCGAUACCCGGGGAGGAGAGCCGCAACGAGAACUCGGCCGGAGGUACGCGCCAGGGUGCGGAGAUGAGCGGCUCGGAUCAGCUGGCCCUGGAGUCGGAGAAGGACGCCAGCGCCGGGGGACCGUACAAGUCGUCCGGUCACCGAGGACACCCUCUGUCUCUUCCACCGAGUCGAGGGUUGCCCCGGCCACACCACAACGUCGCCUACCACGGUCCCCCGCCGCCGCCUCCACCUCCACCGGAGGCUAUCGACAAGGUCUACUCCACCGGGGGCGGAGGUGAGGACGCCUGGCCGGCCCCCACGCCCGAGAUGCCCAAGAUCAUCUCCCUCGACGUAAAGUGCGAGAAGAACCUGAUGAAGGUCUACCUAGGGUUCGACAAGCCCUUCUAUGGCAUCGUCUUCAGCAAGGGCCACUACGGGAACGUCAACUGCGUGCACCUGCCGGCCGGGUUGGGCCGGGUGUCCGUCAACUUCGAGAUCAGCGUCCACGCCUGCGGCACCGCCGGCAACACGGAGAACGGCCUCUACGGGUACGGGGCCGAGUCCGGGUCCGGGACCUACUUCGAGAACAUCAUCGUCGUGCAGUACGACCCCCAGGUGCAGGAGGUCUGGGACCAGGCGCGCAAGCUCCGCUGCACCUGGCACGACCUCUACGAGAAGUCCGUCACCUUCCGGCCCUUCCCCGUGGACAUGCUGGACGUCGUCAGGGCGGACUUCGCCGGGGACAACGUCGGCUGCUGGAUGCAGAUCCAGGUCGGCAAGGGACCCUGGGCCUCCGAGGUAUCCGGCCUCGUCAAGAUAGGACAGACCAUGACCAUGGUCCUCGCCAUCAAGGACGACGACUCCAAGUUCGACAUGCUCGUCCGGAACUGCAUGGCUCAUGACGGGAAACGCGCUCCCAUCCAGCUGGUGGACCAGCGGGGAUGCAUCGCCAGGCCCAAGCUGAUGUCCCGGUUCACCAAGAUCAAGAACUUCGGCGCCAGCGCGUCCGUCCUCUCUUAUGCCCACUUCCAGGCGUUCAAGUUCCCGGACUCCAUGGAGGUCCACUUCCAGUGCACCAUCCAGAUCUGCAGGUACCAGUGCCCGGAGCAGUGCUCCGAAUCAGGACCCCCGCUCCUGGAGGGGCCCAACAACCUCCUGGAGAGCCAUUUAGGAGCUGGCCACCCGGACACCGGCUACGGCCUCCCGCUUCCGCUGCCUCUGGAGGCCUACCUGCAGACGGCCGCAGCGGGUCGACCGCGGGACGAGAGGCGUCGGAAGUCCCGGGAGGUCCAGCCCGACGGCGAUGGCGUCGCUCCUCAGAAGACCGUCGGCGUCAACAGGGUCAUCCGCGUCGUUUCCACCGGCGACCUCACCUUCUCCAUCGACGACUCCGGGAACGAUCGCGCCGGGUCCACGAUGAUCUUCCCCGUCAGGGAGACCAUCCCCAGCUCCUCCAUGAUCUGCAUGACCACUCCAGGCUUCGCCGUGACGCUCGUCGUCCUCUUGAGCGUCCUCCUGGCGUCUUGCGUCCUCUCCACGUAUCUCUGCGUGCGGUUGAGACCUUUUGCCAAGACGAGAAUGGACGUCGUCCCCGGGGCGAGCUACGCCGAUCAGGCCUCACCAAAAAAGUCUAUCAAGACGUGCUUUUACUCCUAA